GUCUUUUCCAACCAUGGUGGUUCUGUGACUCAUGAACUGCUCUCUGUCUGACCAGGCUCCGAAUGCAGUGAGCUGAGGAAGAAAAGGCGCUGUGUGCCCUGCAUGGCUGUGUGUGCAGUGCCAUGGAUCCUUGUUUCGGUGCUGGUGUCCCUGAUAGCGCUCCGGCAUCCGUCGUGCUCACCUCGCCCACACUUCUCCCACGUCUGCCCCAACGCCUGGCUCAGUUUCCAAGGGAAAUGCUUUUAUUUCUCGGACAACGAGAGUGACUGGAACAGCAGCAGGGAGCACUGCCAGCGCCUCGGAGCUGCCCUGGCCACCGUGGACACGGAGGAGGAGGUGGUGAGAGCGGGGCGUGAGUGCCAACACGGGGGUGGGAAACCCACAC